CUACGGAGAGUGACUGUAAAUUCAAGUACUGCAAGUAAUCACUUCACUGAGUGAGUGAGCGAGUGAGUGCUCGUAAAUACGGCGCAGAUCUAGUGCUCUGCUAAAGCAAGCCGUCGGUGACACACAUUUCCUGAGUGAAAUCAAAGACUUGCUAUGUUUCAUUCUUUUUGAAGCUCUACAAACUAAUAACUAGAAAAUAAAAAUGUCAUCCUCAAUAUUUCCACUUGUUGUAUUUGCCAGAAUAUCAGCUGUUCUAGUAGCAGCUCUUGUCCUAAUUUGGGCACUUUUCUUCAAAACCAGCUUCAUUCCCCACUCUCCCUCUUCUCCUGACAACUUCAUCUAUGCUGUGCUUCAUCCUCUGCUAAUGGUGAUUGGUUUCAUAAUUAUCAGUGGAGAAGCUAUUUUGGUUCAUAGAUGGGUGCCAGGCUCAAGAAAUAUGAAGAAAUUAGUGCAUUUGGGGAUGCAAGGUGUGGCCUUGGCUUCUGGAGUUUUUGGGAUUUGGACGAAAUUUCAUGGAGAAGAUGGUGUUGUUGCUAAUUUCUACAGCUUACAUUCUUGGAUGGGUUUGAGUUGUGUCUCCCUCUUUGCCAUUGAGUGGGUGAUGGGUUUCAUGAGCUUUUGGCACAGAGGAGAAAUGCGGCGAGUAAGGAUGAAAAUGCUGCCAUGGCAUGUAUUCCUAGGCUUAUACACAUACAGUUUGGCGGUAGCAACAGCAGAAACAGGGCUCCUAGAGAAGCUGACAUUCAUGCAAACUAAGAGAAAUGUUCCAAAGCGAGGUUCUGAAUCCAUUGUUGUAAAUGGACUUGGACUAGGACUUGCCCUUCUUGGUGGUCUUGUUAUUUUGGCCGCUAUUUCGCCUAAAACACCACCAAUUCACAAUUUGUCCACCAAAAGCAAUCUACUUUAACAACAAAUAUUAGUCAUAUGUACCUUGUUAGUGGAAUAUAGAAGGUGCUUUAGAUGGCCCAAAGAAAAGUGGGGUGUUGGCUAUUGCUAAUAAAUAGGCAAUUGUAUAGCAAUGUGAUCAUUUUUUUUUCUCUUCUUAUUACUUCUGUUUGAUUUUUCUUAUUAGGGGUGUUGUUGCAACUUGCAAAUGGUUUCUCUAACUUAGCACAUUAUCCUCUUAUUGCUUUUCUUAUAAAAAAUAAUGAAGGAUAUUGUGAGUUCUUAAUGAAAAAACUACGAUAUUUUGACUGCA